AGUCAUGUCAUCCAACGACAGCUCCGAAACCCGGUACAGGUCAGAGGUCAGAGAUUCCAACUCCACCUGCUGCCAUAAGGAGCUGUCUGUCACUGCAUCCGUCAUCUCCAUGACGGUGGGCAUCUUCUCCAACAGCUUCGCUCUCUUCAUUCUGAUCAAAUCCUACAGUCGCCACCGCAUCAAGUCCAAGGCGUCCUUCCUGCUCUUUGCCAGCAGCCUGGUGACCACUGACCUGCUGGGUCACCUCAUCAAUGGCUCCCUUGUGCUGCACGUCUACCGCUUUCACAGGAAGUGGGACACUUUUGACCCGCAUGGCAUCGUCUGCAACAUCUUCGGGGUGUGCAUGGUGUUCUACGGUCUGAGCCCCUUGCUUCUCUCGAGUGCAAUGGCCGUGGAGCGCUUCAUCGGAGUUACCAAGCCCAUCUUCCACUCAGCAGUAUUGUCCUCACACCUCAUGAAAAGGCUGCUUGGUUUCACCUGGCUGCUCGCCGCACUGGUGGCGUUCCUGCCUGUGCUGCUGAGGAGACCCUAUGAGGUUCAGAGGUCCAGGAGCUGGUGCUUCUUCCACAUGGAGCAGCCCAGAGACUGGCUAGAUGUGCUGCUACCUCUGAUCUUCUCCAUUCUGGGUCUGUUGGCUCUUCUGCUCUCCAUUGUGUGCAACACUCUGGCGAGCUGUGCCCUGUUGCACGGCAGGCUGCGCCACAAACACGGUUGCAGAGGCACAUCCUACCACCUGGAGAUGAUCUGCCAGCUGCUGGCUAUCAUGCUGGUGAGCUGCGUGUGCUGGGGUCCAUUACUGGUCCAUGUGAUCAUUCUCAGCACCAGAGCUAAAGAUGAACCGUCCAGUUUCAGUCUGCUGACAACGGUACGGAUGGCCACAUGGAACCAGAUCUUGGACCCCUGGGUCUACAUCCUUUUGAGGAAGGCCGUCCUGAGGAAAAUCUUCAUGUUGUUUCACAGCUGCUGGGGUUCAAAGCUUCACACCUUCCACCGCUGGCAGCGCAGCACGCUCGGGAGCUCACGGGAGCCAAGCAAAUCUUAUUGCAUCCGAUACAGCAGACAGCCCCUUCCAGACACUGCCGUCCAAUCCAUCACCUGAACUUUGGCCAGAAUGGUUUGAUCUGAAGAGAAAACAGGACCAGGAUGUGGAAGAAUUCAUGUCACUGGUUGACUACACGAGCGGCAGUGCAGUUCUGAUCUGAAUGACGUUGCAUUUUAACAUCUCAUUGAGAAUCGUCUUUGUUCCAUAAGUGGCUCAGAACAAAACUGUCUGAAAUUUUUAGUGCUUAGAAGACAUUUUGGAGGAUUAUUUCCACCAUUUGUUGUUCUAGUGAAGCUUAGUGUCUCUGUUUUGAGUGCAGCUCCAGAAUAUCGUACCACUUUGCCGUGAAAUGUGAAUGAAUGAUUUUGGACCAUACGUGCAUGACAACAACAACCACCAAUGUAAUUUGAUCAAUAUUGACCUUGUUUUUGAUUAAAACAUUUUGGAUGUGAACA